CUGCUACCCGGACAAUAUCAUUUCCUCUGUGAAAACUUGCUAUAAAUUCAGUUUUUCUAGUUCAGACCCUCUUUCUUCUGAAUCUCUGCUCCAUUCGGGUUUUGUCAAUGGCCUGUGUUUCAGCUACUUGUGUUAGGUUCGAGUCAUCAUGGAAACAUUCUACUAAGCUCACUCAGGUAACUGGAAGGAUUUCUAGUUUGAAGCCGGUUUCCGUGGGAUGGGCUUGGAGUGGCUUCCGUUCUUCAAGAGCCUCGCGCCUUUGCAUCACUUGUGCAGCAAAGCCCGAGACAGUGCAGAAAGUUUGUGAAAUCGUGAGGAAACAACUCGCCUUGCCUCCUGAAUCCGAGCUUACCCCUGAAUCCAAGUUUUCAGCACUUGGCGCCGAUUCCCUUGACACAGUGGAGAUAGUGAUGGGAUUGGAGGAAGAGUUCGACAUUACUGUGGAGGAGGACAGCUCUCAGAACAUAACGACUGUCCAAGAAGCGGCCGACUUGAUAGAGAAACUUGUUCAGAAGAAGGGUGAAGCUUGAAGUGAGACAUCAUCCUCGUCGGCGGCUAAGAUGGCCAAAUGAGGGUUUAAGGUAGAGGUUCUGGAUUGGUUGAGGCAGAGGAUCAUUUGGUGAGCUAGUUAGGUUUGUCUUUGUUUUGUGCUUUUGUCUGUUGAGAAAACCUAGAUUUGAACUUGUACUAAUGACCUCCAAUUCUUUUUGCAAAUUGCGGUGGGAAUGAACCUCUUUAGGCAUGGUAUGUUUUGCUAUGAACCACUCCUUUCAUCUUUA